AGACUUGACCAACGCAAAGUUUCUGCGGGCUUUUGGGGGAGGCAGAACAAAACCAGCGCAAAUAAUGGCAUUUGUUGCUGUUGCCGCUGAUAAGACUCAUCUGCUGCAAUUUCAAUUGUUGCCAAUUAUCAAAGGCAAACAAGGCUCUUAAGAUUAGCACAUACAUCAUUGAUACGCGGAAAAAACCCUAAGUAAAAUGAGCGAUACUCUGGACGUGCUCGUCUUUGGCUCGGCGAUCAUAGAUUUUAUAUGCUAUACUCCCCGUUUGCCUAAAGCGGGUGAAACGCUGCAUGGCCAUAAAUUUCAAACAGGAUUCGGGGGCAAGGGUGCCAAUCAAUGUGUGGCAGCUGCUCGACAGGGCUCCAAAACAGCUUUAAUUGCCAAACUGGGAGCGGAUACCUUUGGUAGUGACUAUCUAUGUCAGUUGCGAGCUGAAAAUGUGAAUGUGGAGCAUGUUCAACAACUGGACGGCCAAACAACGGGCAUAGCUCAAAUUGCAGUCUCUGACGGUGGCGAGAAUAACAUCAUAAUCGUCGUGGGUGCCAACAAUUUGCUCAAUGCUAGUGAUGUGAGAGCUGCAGCGGAACAUUUUGCCAAGUCCAAGGUGCUAGUCUGUCAGCUAGAGACGCCUAUCGAGGCAACGAUGGAGGCAUUGCGUCAAUUCUCCGGUAUAUCUAUAUUGAAUGCGGCGCCAGCAUUGAAGCAGACGCCAACUGAAUUGCUUAAAUUGUCUAGCAUUCUGUGUGUCAACGAGACGGAGGCGGCGCUCAUGACAGACGUCAAGAGCAUCGAUACUAUAAGCGAGGCAAAUGCAGCUUUGACCCGUCUCAUUGAGCUGGGAGCCAAUACGGUAAUCAUCACACUUGGUAAAUUGGGCGCUGUCUAUGCCUCGAAAGAUGCGUCUCGUGAUUACGAACUGGUGCCUGCUCCAAUUGUUCCCUCGGAGCUGGUUUUGGAUACAACGGGAGCUGGAGAUGCAUUCAUUGGCGCUUUGGCUAACAGCCUAGCGCGUUACCCGGACCUAACGCUAGCUGAUCACAUUGCAGCUGCCUGCGAAGUGGCGUCCAAGUCAGUGCAGCAACUGGGAACACAGUCAAGCUUUCCGCAUGCUUGAGAAAGAGAGAAAAGAAAAUGUUGAGCAAAAAUAAACCAAAUGAUUUAUAUACAAAAAAAAAAACACCUUAGUCC